UCUAACGGGACGGGAGAAAAGUAUUUUUUUUGUUAUCGAUCGUGCGACGCGUGAAAAAGUGAAAAUUUUCGUGUUUUGUGAGUGUUUUUCGGUGACUAAAUUUAGCCCGCGAUCAGUUCGCCAUGCAGCGUUCCGUCGGCGAGGAACCGGACUGUCCGGAGAACGUGGAGGAUGUCGGCCCGGACGGCGGCGGCGGCGGACCUGCUCCGGGUUUGUUUUCUGAUCCACCGUCCGGACCCGCCGAGUACGGUGCUGCCGCAAAUGUAGUCAACCAGCAGAAUCUCUCCCUGUCGGAGCCACCGUCCCUGUCCGAAGGGGGCGCCCUUUCGUCCUCGGUGGGCGGCGGCUCAACGAGUGAUUCAACAACCAGCACUCGCCACUCGAUUAAUCUGACCACCAGCACGCCCAAGCUCGGAGGCUCGGAUCGGUCCUCGAAGAACGGCUCCCAGCUGCAGCUUGCCGGCACUCAACAACAACAACAGCAAAAUGCCCCAGGGCCGCCGGGUCCCGGAGGUGGUGUCGAGGGUGUUGGGAAUGUGGUGGCGGAUGAGGGCGACGAUACCGUUACGGUGAUUGAGAAUCCUUCGAUUGCGGAGGUCGAGUCGAUUAGGUCACCGUCGGCCGUUAACAACAGUUCGGUGAGGUUGAGUCUGCUGCCGUGGAACACCCACACACGGUCCUCGUCCGUCGUCGUUGUGCCGGCGAGUGUUUCCCUCACGAUUGAUAUGAUGGCCGCCAGCGAUGGCACGUUGAGGCCGGGGGAGAUUGUGAUGCGCACGUUGUUCACCGACUUUACCGUGCAGGCCGAGAAGAAGAUAGAGAUUGUGAUGCUCGAGAGUUCGGACAAAAAUCUGGCUAAAUUGUUGCAACGUGGCGAGGAUAAUCAGUUUGACCAGUUGCUGCUGGCGCUGGGUUCUGUGGCGGAGCAUUGUUUGCCCUCGCUGUUGAAAGCCCUCCUGGCUUGGCAUCGGCACCAGAUUUGUGACGGUGAUAUCAAACGUGACUACAAACGACUCGAAACCGAGCGCCAACCGGCAUCAGCGGCCACGGCCAAAUCCAGCAACGAGUUGGAGUUUCAACUGCAACGACGAGAAGCCGCGGUGGAAUUUAUCUUCUGCCUAGCGCUGAUUGAAAUUCUCCGCCAGUUCUCCUUCCACCCCGGCCACGAUGACAUGGUUAAAAACAUUGAAAACCUUGCCUUCCGUCAGUUCAAGUACAAGGAAGGUCUCCAAGCGUCCCCGAACGCCCAGUACAACCACAUGAUUGCCGAUCUGUACGCGGAAGUCAUCGGCGUUCUCGCGCAGAGCCGCUUUGCCUCGGUUCGGAAGCGCUUCAUGACCGAGCUGAAGGAACUGCGCGGCAAGGAACCGACGCCGCAUCUGACGCACAGUAUUAUCAGCCUGCUGAUGGGGAUGAAGUUCUUCCGCGUGAAAAUGGCCCCCAUCGAGGAGUUUGAGGCGUCGUUCCAGUUUAUGCACGAGUGCGCCCAGUACUUUCUGGAGGUGAAGGACAAGGACAUUAAGCACGCGAUGGCGGGGCUGUUUGUGGAGAUUUUGGUGCCGGUGGCAGCGGCCGUCAAGAACGAGGUGAACGUGCCGUGCGUCAAGAACUUUGUCGACCUGCUGUACUCGCAGACGCUGGACGCGUGCACCAAGUCUAAGCACAAGCUGGCCCUGUUCCCGCUGGUGACCUGCCUGCUGUGCGUGUCGCAAAAGUCCUUCUUCCUCAGCAACUGGCACUGCUUCCUGGCGAUGUGUCUGAGCAACCUGAAGAACAAGGACCCCAAGAUGAGCCGGGUGGCGUUGGAGUCGCUGUACCGGCUGCUGUGGGUGUACAUGAUACGGAUAAAGUGCGAGUCAAACUCGGCGACCCACUCGCGGCUCCAGAGCAUCGUGAACUCGUUGUUUCCGCGGGGGUCGAAGGCGGUCGUGCCGAGGGAUACGCCGUUGAACAUUUUCGUGAAGAUUAUUCAGUUUAUCGCGCAGGAGCGGUUGGACUUUGCGAUGAGGGACAUUGUGUUUGAGUUGUUGUGCGUGGGGCGGCCGAUCAAGAUCAUUAUGACGCCGGAGCGGAUGAGCAUCGGGUUGAGGGCGUUUUUGGUGGUGGCGGAUUCGCUGCAGCAGAAGGAUGGGGAACCGCCGAUGCCGAGGACUGUGGGAGUGCUUCCGUCGGGAAAUACGCUGAGGGUGAAAAAGACGUAUUUGAACAAGAUGUUGACGGAGGACACGGCGCGGAGUAUUGGAAUGUCGAAUUAUUUUCCGCAUGUUAGGCGGGUGUUUGUGGACAUUCUGAGGGCGUUGGAUAUUCACUGUGGAAGGCCGUUGAUGAUGACGGUGAAUCAGAACUUGAACAAGGAACCGGACGAGAUGUUGACGGGGGAGAGGAAGCCCCGGAUUGAUUUGUUCCGAACGUGUGUGGCUGCCGUGCCGAGGAUCAUCCCGGACAACAUGACCGGCCACGAGUUGGUAGAUAUGCUGUCGCGACUGACCAUCCACAUGGACGAGGAACUUCGCGCGUUGGCGCAUCAAUCGCUGCAAACGUUGGUCGUAGAUUUUCCCGACUGGCGGCAGGACGUCAUCCAGGGCUUCACCCAGUUCCUGGCGCGAGACGUCGUCGACACGUUCCCCCACCUGUUGGAUAACGGGUUGCGAAUGCUGUUUGCAUUCCUAACGGUGUGGAAGAAUGCCAUCGGUAACGCCAGCACCAACAACAGCAACAACAACACCCUCAACACAAAAGCCGGCUCGAAUACGGCUGCCGUUCAGCAGCGCGUAAUUUUCCAACAGAACCAACAAAACACGCCCUCCCUGAACGCCGCCACCAUCAACUCCAACUCGAGCGCAAGCUCGGGCAUUUCGUCGAUUACGCAAACGACCACACUUGGGGGAGCUGCGACGGGGGCCGAUUCCAGCGGGCACGGUUCGGUGUCGGGAAGUGGCACGACUGGAGGAGGAGCAGGAGGAGGAACGGCGACUGGCGGCGGGAAGAAGGGCCACCACGAGCAGCCGCUUGCCACCACGAUGCACAUGGUGGAGGGUUUGGCGCUGGUGAUGUUGUGCAACUGCCGGCCCGCCCCCCGCAAGUUUGCCGUCAACAUACUGAAGGAGGUGAAAAUCCUGAUGAAAGCCCUCGGCAUCGUGGAAACGGAACCCCCGCUGAUUGACGUCAUCGAUAAAUGCUGUCCGCAGGUCCUGGAACGCUGCCUGCACAUGCUGCCCCAGGCGGACCGCACCGCCAUGCUGAACGCGAACGUCAUCGACCUGCAGUGGAUCGUGGAGCGCAACAGUGGCAUCUGGACCGUGGGUCACGUCGAGGACUCGGCGAAGGCGUCCACCCUAACGCUGUGCCACUCGCAGACUUCCGGCGGCGCCGGCCAACCGUACGAUCCGUGGAGUGUGUGCCUGUUUGGCUUCAUGGAGCGCCAGCACGUCCUGCAGCACUGUCCGUCGGCGGUCGCCCAGGCGUGGCCCAUCUGCUACCAGCGGGUCACCAGCCUGUUCAACGUGAUUGAUCCGACUCCCGUCAGCGACAACCGCGCCUCGCUGCUGCGAAGUUCGGCCCCACCCAAGAAGCCACCCUCGGAAGCUCAGCGCGACUCGUUGGCCCAUCUGUGGAAGAAUCAGGUUGCGCUGGCGAUGCGACUCGUGCCGCAGAUGCCGAGCGUGGCCGUGCGGUGUGCCUCACCGGAUCUCAGCCUCAGUCUGCAUGACCAGUCGGAUUCGCGUUCGCUGUCCGACUCGUUGGACAACAUUCCGUCAUCCGUGUUUGGACCAGAAGGAAUCGUUACACGUUUCACCUUACCUCUAUCCUAUGGCCGCAAAGAUGCCAGACAUAAGAGACAAGGUUCCUCGCCGGAUUCGCUGUCGGCGGACCGGAGCGACAAAUCCAGCGGCACGACGGCCUCCCCGGUGGCCCUGUACAAGCUGGUGAUUCCGCUGCUGCGCUGCGAGGUCACGGACAUCCGGGACGCGGCCGUCAACGCCCUCGGCCUGAUCAACCAUGACGCCCUCAAGGAUCUGAUGGAGGAGCUGGUCGUGUACAUCCGCGAGGCCAUCGAUCGCAAGCAGGAAAACAUGCGUCGGCGUCGCCGGCGGGACGCCCUGCGGCUGCAGCUGGUCCGCGUGCUGGAAAGAAUCGUCGAAAACGGCACCUUCGGCAUUAGUCCGUUUGUGCUGGAGCGCGACAGCCUGUCCCUGCAUCCGACCUUCGUGGAGUACAUCGACGGGGCGCGGCUCUACCUGGAGGCGGAAACGGACAAAGACAACAGCAGCAUGCGCGAGGUGAAAACUCAUUUCUGUGAUUUCAUUCGGAAGAUGAUUAAAAACUUUUCGCUGGAAUCGUGCUCGACGCUGUUGACGCGUGAGCUGAAGCGGAAUUUGGUUAAUUUGUUUGCCUCGUGGAGCGGAUCGGCGUAUGCGGCACCGUUCGGUGUCAUCGUGGGUGCGUCCGCCAGUGCCAGCCAUCACGCCAUUAGCAGCAGCAUCGUUAGCGUUUCCGUGGAUGAGGACAAGUUGCAGUUUGGUGCACUGCAGGCAACGUCUGCGCUGCUUUGCUGCGGACCGUGCUUCAAUCCGAGCCAUCUGGCCGAGGACGGGGCCAUCUACAACUGGCUGGACCUGCUGAUGGCAGCCAAGGACGAGAAGAUUUACGACCUCGCCAAGGAAACCGUAGUGCUGCUGCUCGAGUCCAACCCCGACAUUGGCCAGCUGCUGGAGUGGGUUAUCGAUCGGUGUUACACGGCGUGCCCACGUGAAGCGGACGCUUGCUUUCUCGCGCUGGCCGUCAUCUUUAGUGCACGCGAGUACCCGUGCGACCACUACACGUCCGUUAUCAACGUGACGCUGCUGAUGACGGGCUGCCCGCGGGUCGAGGUGCACUCGACGGCGCUCCAGCUGCUGCAGAUUCUGGACAAGCGCUUCUUCGGCAACGUGGGUCCGCUGCAGACGGAAGCCGACCGAGAGCUGGAUAAGGUUGGCACGCUGGAUGCCAUCUUGAGUGGCGCUUAUUGCCGGUCGCAAAUGUAUUUAUCGCGACAGAUGGCACGACUGCGACCGGAGCUGACGAUGUCGAUGUUCUCGGAGAUUACCCAUCGCUUCCAAACGGCCCGUUCCGAGGUACGUGCCCUGUUGCUGCAGUGUCUGCUGCCCUGGCUGGAGAACGUGGAGCUGGUGGCCUCCAGUGUGCCACCCGCCACCCCACUGUCAUACAUCAUGUACUACCCGGAUUCGGGGACUCGCGGACGCCGGGAGGGAUCCGGUUCGACGGAAGCCACCGAGAUGAUUCUGAACAAUCUGUUCUACAUAACUGCGAAGUUUGCCGACUCCCACCCUUACAUCGAGGAGCUUUGGGGCACGUUGUGUCAGUUUUGGCCCAACAACCUGAAGGUCAUCCUGCGCUACCUGCUCAUCAUCUCCGGCAUGGCCCCGAACGAGCUGCUGGCCUACGCCAAACGGGUCGCGCUCUAUCUGGCCCGGUCCUGCACAAACCGGCUGCUGGACGAACUGAUGAGCGAACUGCAAACAGUGGAGACGUUGAAUUGCUUAAUUGAGCGCACGGAAACUCCUCCGUUCUACCGGCUUACCAGCAUGCGGAAAGCGUCCAGCCAUUCGGACGGACCAGCAUCGGGCAACAAUGACUCCAAGGUGCAGGACAUUGGCGUUGAAAAGGGCACCAUCCACACCAAGCGGCACAGCGGCGAGGAUCCGAUCAAAUCGGGCACGUGCAAGUCGGACAGUGCCCUACGGACGUUCGCCAACAGUUACCGACCGCCGAGGGGAAGCGAUAAAAUCCGCACGGCGUCCGGCCCGUGCGUGCUGCCCCGCCACGAGGACGUUCUGUUGAUGAACGAGUCGGAAAUGAACCAGGAGGACAACUUUGCCCAACUGCGGAACUCGGGCGGCGGUGGUGGUGGUGGAGGAGGAGGAGGAGGCGUCGGAAUUGACCAACAGUCCUCGUCCGCUUCGUCGGCGCCGCACCCGUUGCCGAUGCCCGAGUACGGGGGUUACUUUGCCCCGCUGACCGAGUUCCUGCCGGACGCGAGCAGUCCAAUCAGUGGCUUCCAUCGGUGCAACGUGGCCGUGAUGCUGCUGACCGAUAUCGUCGUGGACGGGAUUCCGGGCCUGGACUGGACGCUGCACGUGCCACUGAUGUUGCACAUUCUGUUCCUCGGGUUGGACCACACGCGGCCGAUUGUGCGGGACCAUUGCAAAAAGUUGCUGCUCAACUUGCUGAUUGUUCUAGCGGAGCACAACGACCACCUGAAUGUGGCCAAGAUCCUCCUGAACAGCGACACGUCCAAACUUCGACUCGGGCUGACCGUACCCUCACUCCCUGUGAUCGAUCACAACUUUACCGAACCCGACCAGGAGUUUGACAGCUACCUGUUCGGACUAAACGGAACCGUCCCCCAAGCGACGCUAUCUCCGGCGUCAAACCAACCGAACGAGGAAACCCCGGUGCCGACGAUCAUCACCGAAGAGAACGCCCCGCCCCAGCCGGGCCCGUUGAUGCCCACGGCGCACGUUAUCAAAAGCCUGAUCAGGUUCCUCUCCCAGGACAGCAGCGCUCAACCCCUGUGGAACUACGAGGAUAUCACCGCGAAGGUGUGGACUAUUAAGUCGGCGGAACAGUUGCAGUGCUUCCUCCGGCAUAUCGUGAAGGUGUUCACCGACAGCUAUUCCCAUGCGCGAAUCGCCGAACGGUGGGCACAAACGGCGUUACAGCUGGGCCUCAGUUGCUCCUCGCGUCACUAUGCCGGUCGUAGUUUGCAGGUGUUCCGCUCGCUCAAUGUGCCGAUCAACUCGCGCAUGCUGAGCGAUAUUCUAUCGCGGCUGAUCGAAACCGUAGCCGAACAGGGAGAGGACAUGCAGGGCUACGUAACGGAGCUGCUGCUCACGCUGGAGGCGGCCGUCGACAGUCUGGACUCGGACUUUAGACCGUUGGACGUGAUGAAGGACAUCUUCAAGAGCACGCCCAAUCUGAACAACAAGGACGGCGCCAUUUCGAACGUGUACGGAAACAAACGUACCAGCGAUGGAAUCCCCGGAUCUCCCCAAACCAUGACGAACAUCCUGUCCGGAGGACACACCCGCAGCACCAGCUACUCGAUCUCGUACUGCUCGCGCAAGGCGGCCAACUCCCCGAUCGACAAACAGGUCGAACUGCGCAACCGUUCCAACGUGCUCGAACUCGAACGCAACGCCAACAAGUUUGGCGGAACUUCCCUAUCGCGAUCGCGAAGCGCACAAAGCUUGAAGCUUCUCGGCGAUACGGCCACCCAAGACGACAAGAUGACCAUCCUGGCGCAACUGUUCUGGCUGGCAGUCUCCCUGCUGGAAAGCGACUACGAACACGAGUUCCUACUGGCGCUGAGACUGCUAACCCGCGUCCUGCACCGACUCCCGCUCGAUCGCCCCGACGCACGGGACAAAGUUGAGAAACUCCAGCAACAGCUCAAAUGGUCAACCUACCCGGGAAUGCACGCACUCCUGCUCAAAGGAUGCACCCAUUCCACCACGUACGAACCCUCGAUCGCGGUCCUGUCCCAACUGUCACCCCUCCUAAACCUCCCGGUGUGCGACCCCACCCAAAGUUGCGCCUUCCCGAUGAACGUGAUCGCGCUGCUUCCGUACAUGCUGCUGCACUACGAGGACGCCAACGACAUCUGCAUCCGAAGUGCGGAAAAUAUCGCACAGGUCUCGUCCGAGAUGGGCCUCAAGUUGGAAAACCUCGGCACCGUAAUGACGCUGUACAGUCGGAAAACGUUCAGCAAGGAGUCGUUCCAGUGGACAAAGUGUGUCGUCAAGUACCUGUACGACACGUACGCCCACAUGGGACUGCACAUGUUGGCCUUCCUCACGGAGGUCAUGGAGAAGGGACCGAACCAGAUCCAGCUGCAGGUGCUGAGCGUGAUCCACUGCAUGCUGCACUACAUCGAUCUGUCGUCGGUGCUGGCUCAGCCGAUCGCGGGGGAUCUGCUGCGCGUCAUCUCCAAGCAUCUGGAUAGUCCCAACUGGAAGGAGGCGCUCAAAAUUCUGAAACUGGUGGUGACGCGCAGCUCCAGCCUGCAGGUCGUGCCGCAGCAGUCGGAGAGCAGUUCGGCGUACGCGAACCUCCACGCCAGCUACAGCGAUUCGGAAAUGUUCUGCAAGAAGGAGCUAGCGGGCCGAACGAUGGAAUUUUCGUUCGACGUUUCCCAGACGCCGCUGAUUGGGCGGAAAAUUCUGCUCAAAUCGGACGGCGAGAGCACAAUUGUGGCGGCGGCCGCGGCACAGUUUUCCAAGAAUGGAGGAGGUGGAAUGGGCGGUGGUGGAGGGGGACAUUACGGUGGUCACGCGGGCACGCCAAACUCGCCGCGACGGAGUGCGAGUCUGUCCCCGGCAGACACGGCACCGCUCAGCGGCUGGAAGCGGCCCUGGAUGUCCCAGGGUCGUGUUCGUGAGUGUUUGGUAAACCUGCUAACCACUUGUGGCCAACGCGUGGGACUCCCCAAGAGCCCUUCGGAUGAUAUUUUAAGCUCGCUUUACUCAAAGGUCAUCUUCAGCCAGUCGUCGGACCUGCUCGAGCGCCAAUCGUCGGCGGCUUCGAGCACGGACGAAACGUCCGGAGCCCAGCAGGACCUCAGCGGGGGUUCGAAGCGCGACGACGGCCCGCCCGACUUUGGCGUGUUCAAGGACUUUGACUUCCUGGAGUACGAGAGCGAAAGCAUCGAGGGCGAAUCGACGGACAACUUCAACUGGGGCGUGCGGCGACGGCCGCUGUCCGAGGGCGAUAGCGAACCACUGUCGGCGUCCGGCAUCAACAACAGCGGGGGAAGUGGGAGUAACGUCGUCGGUAAGGGCCACGGGUCGUCGCUGCUGGAGGAGAGCUUGAGCGAGCGGACGCCGGUGUUGAAUCGGCGCAAGCGCCCGAACGCGGACGAUUCGAGCGACGAGGAGGUCGAGUCGGAGUCGCCACUGGACGAAGAGCAACGGCCGAUAUUCUCCAAGGCGGCUUACUUGGGCGGUCCGCCGACCAGUUUGAGUCUGCGCGAGCGCCGACACCGAAGGGAUUCGGUCUCGCGCAGUGACACCAGCGGUUCCAGUGCUGGGGAUUUAGGCGACAUCACGCCGUGCAACGCGUCACCCCAUCUGCCAGGACUGUUGUCCUUCCGGGCACCGAUUCGAGACGAAAGCGAAGAGGUUUGGCGCCGGAAUCUCGUCGGACUACUGGUGAACCAACCUUCCGGCCAUGCGCCCGACCUGUUGAACCAAAUGUUCAAACUGAUCAAAGAACUCUCACACCGGUCGAUUUCCAUCUCCAAGGAAUGCAUGCGUUACUUCACCGGAACCGGAGUCCAGCUCGGACAUCGCAUCUCAGUCCUGUCCGACCUACUUUCCUCCCGCGGAGAACCCCCCAAGAUCUGGUACCAUCAAACCCUCGUCACAACCCCACGCCUGUUCGAAAACCUCCGUUACGGCGUCCUCGAAGUCCAAGAACAUCUGGAAACCUUCUUCGACCGUAAAGACACCGUCCUCGACAGUCUGGACGCCGUCAAAACGUCCUGCAAGCUCGCCCUCUUCACCUCGGACAUCGACUCCGCCAACGAAGGUUCAACCUCAUCCUCCGCCAUGAUGACCGUGACCGCUGCCGCCGCCGCCGCCGCCAUGCCCCCAACCGAUCCCGCCACCACCGAACUCCUGCUAGACCUAGGUCGUGGCCUCUACAAGCUCAUGUUCCAACUGCUCCUCCUAAUCGAAUCCGACAACAAAAUCGCCAUCAGCGUCGUGCAAAACCUGCGACAAAACGAGAAAAUGCAGGACCUGUCCAACCUGUACGUGUCCGUGCGGGGAGCCCUUUUGCGCUGCAUCGACGAUGCCGAAAUGGAAUCGCUGGAUACGUCCACCUCGACAGAGGGGGAAAAUACGCCCACGCCAUCACCCGGACUGCCGAUGAAUAAUGCCGAGUUCGAGAACAGCCUCAUCGAGCUGAUUGACAAUCAGAGGUGGUCGGCGGCCAUAAAUCACGUCAAACAGCACAAACAGAUGUCGAAUCUGUCUUCGUCGAAUUACAACCUGUCGGGGGCGAGCGGCGGAAGUGGCGCGAGCGGCGGAUUGCAACUUGACGCUAGCUUCGGCGGUGCCGCCAACUCGAGCCUUGAGCUGCUCAAAUCCAGCGACGAUCUGUCCAUCAUUCUGAACAUUUACUCGCAGCGGCUCACCAAGGAGCGAAACGACGUUUUCAUCGCGUCCCGCUCGGAGAUUGAGCUGAGCGAAAUCUACCAGAUCCUGAUGGAGAACCUGCUGCACGUUUCGUCGGCGCUGACCAACAUGGAAAUCGGCAUGAAGGCAUCGACGGCCAACAACACGAGCUCGUCCUCGUCGACGGUGACCACGAUGACGACGAUACCCGCGAUUAAUCCCCCGGGAGGAGGAGGAGGCGGUGGCCAACAGCAGCAGCAACUGCUAGGACCGACGCUGGCCUCGACAAACCCCUUCAAAGACACCGUCGACAUCAUCACCACGCUGUGAGGACCAACGACGACGAAGCCCGGAGGCGAUAAUUGCUUUCGAUUGCGUUUUGAUACGGAUGGCUUCGGCUGAAGAGGCGAUAAUCCCUCUGUUUAUGGCUGAAGUUGUGGUAAACUUGCAACUAGUGAGUAAGGAAAUGUAAUUAAGAAUGUCAAUGAAAGAAGUCCCUUUUCCCCCCCUCUAAAUACAAAGUGGAAUGGAUGGAAUGCAGUAAGAUAUGUGUGUCGCCGACACACGACGGCUGUCUGUGAAAGUUAUAUGUUUAGCCGUAUAAUUGCAACUGUUUUGUUAAGCACUUCCGCUUCCGGUUAUCGAAGCCGGGCAAAUAAUAACCCACACACUCACACACAUUAGUUGGUAUUUUUCAGUUCUUACAAUCACGACACGCUGAAAUUUUACAAAUAAAAUUGCAACCUGAAAUGUUUUGAA